AUUUAACAAUUGAAUCAACUAGACAGCCUAAAAAUAUUAACCACAACACUAUUACUAUUCAGGAAGCAGAUAUUAAUAAUAUUGUAUGUGUUAAGAUCAACUGCCUUGAUGUGGGGGAUCUUAUUGAGUACAAAAUCAAAGAAUUAACAUUUAAUGAGUCUAAUGUAAUCUAUACAGUAUAUCAGAUACACUUGCUUGUGAAUGUAGAUAUAACUUUAAAUAUAACAGCCAAGGAUGUUGAUGCUCUUAUUGUCGCUAAAAUAAAAGAUGAGGAUGAUUAUUCAUAA